GUUCAGUAGGUUUGAUAAAAUCAGUAAGGAAAACAAUCCUAUUCCUUGGAGUGACCUUAAACAAAACAAACAAAAAUAAAUUAAAUAAUAAAGUGGAAAAAUUAAUAUUGUUUAAUUAUGUUACGUUCGGUAGUUAACCAAUCCUUUUACCGUCGACUACUUGCUAGUUCUGUGAAAAAUGAGUCUGGUUUUGUGCGAUCAUUUGCAUCUAAAAGUGAAGAGAGGAAACAAGCUUCAACUGCUUCUCCAGCUACAAAAGAAUCAAGUAAACCUCAGCCUGAAAUGAUUGAAAUAUUUAUUGAUGAUAAACCCUAUCAGGUUGAAAAAGGUAUCACUAUUUUGGAAGCUUGUACAGUGGCUGGUGUCGAGGUACCUCGCUUUUGUUAUCAUGAGAGACUCAGUAUAGCCGGUAACUGUCGUAUGUGUCUCGUUGAAGUUGAAAAGUCUAUUAAGCCUGUUGCCAGCUGUGCUAUGCCUGUGAUGAUGCCUGGUAUGAGAGUUAAAACUAAUUCACCAGCAGCUAAGAAAGCCCGUGAAGGUGUCAUGGAAUUUCUAUUGUUAAAUCAUCCACUGGAUUGUCCAAUUUGUGAUCAAGGAGGAGAAUGUGAUCUUCAAGAUCAAUCAAUGGCUUAUGGAACCGAUAGAUCUCGGUUAUUGAUUGCAGUUGAUGAAAAGAGAGCUGUUGAAGACAAAGAUAUUGGUCCAUUGGUCAAAACAAUAAUGAAUCGAUGUAUUCACUGCACUCGAUGUGUACGUUUCAUGAACGAAAUUGCUGGUGUCAGUGAUUUAGGUACCACAGGAAGAGGAAGUGAUAUGCAGAUUGGAACUUAUCUUGAAAAUAAUGUUCUAGCAACUGAAUUGAGUGGAAACAUUGUUGAUUUAUGUCCUGUUGGAGCCCUUACCUCGAAGCCUUACACUUUCACAGCUCGACCAUGGGAAUUACGACGUUUUGAUUCUAUAGAUGUAAUGGAUGCUGUUGGAUCUAAUAUAAGUGUUUGCCAAAGAGGUGGAGAUUUGUUGAGGGUUAUACCGCGAGCUAAUGACGAUGUAAAUGAAGAAUGGUUAGGUGAUAAAUCUAGGCAUGCACCAGUCGACGGUCUGAAGAAUCAACGUCUAACUGUACCCUUAGUUCGUCCUUCUCGAGGUUCUCCUUUGCAACAAUGUGACUGGGAAGAUGCGCUUCUAACUGUUAGUCAAGUUUUCAAUAAGAUUCCCCCAGAACGUAUAGAAAUUAUUGCUGGACCUAUGAUUGAUGCAGAAACUUUGGUUGCUAUCAAAGAUCUUAGUUCAAGUAUGACCUGCAAUAACCAUUACGUUCAUGUAGAUCGCAAUGUAGAGCCAAGCUGCAUACCAUCAGCUGAAGAUUUUUUAGGACAGCAAAUAUUGAAAGAAGGUGAUGGUAAAAGUAAUAUUUUUGAAACAGUUCGUUAUAUUUGUGACAAAUAUGGCGCCGAGUUAAAUGUACUGCACACUAAUGCUAGUCAAGUAGCAGCUUACGAUUUAGGUUUUAAGCCCUCUACCGAACGAACUCCCCUUGCUAAAUCUGAUGAACCCUCUCUCCUGUGGUUAAUUGGUGUUGAUGAUGAAAACCUAGACUUAGGAAGCAAUCCAUUUAUCAUAUACCAAGGACAUAAUGGAGAUAUUUGUGCAAACAAAGCUGAUCUUGUUUUACCAGGAGCCGCUUUUACCGAAAAACAAGUAACCUAUGUGAAUAUGGAAGGUCGAGUACAGCAAACAUUAGCAGCAAUCACCCCACCCGUAAUGUCUCGUGAAGAUUGGAAAAUAGUUCGUGCAUGUGGAGAGAUUGCCGGGCAUCUUCUACCCUAUGACACACUCAUCGAUAUUAGAGGUCGAAUGGCUCAAUUGGCACCUCAUCUUGUUCAACAUGAUUAUAGAAAAUUAAAUUUACCCUCUUCACCGAGUCCACCAAAAGCAACACAAUAUCGCAAAAGCGAUAAACCCAUCAAUUUAAUGCCCAAACUGAGAAACUUAAUAGAUUAUUAUCAAACUGAUUCCAUCUCAAGAUCAUCUCCUACAAUGGCAAAAUGUAUUGCUGCUGUACAAAAAGAGUACGAGAAACGUUCCUCUAAAUGGUAAACGUGAAAAAGAAAUUACGAUAAUUUGCAAUCAAAUUUGAAUUGCAAAGUAAAAUGAUUAAAUUGAAUUCACUUUUGUUCGGUUGUAUCAAUAGAUUGUAUGCCAAUUGUAAAAUAAAUAUCUUCCCGAUCUUAUGUUUA